AUGAGGAUUAUGAAGAAGCAAAUGCCUUGGGAGGGUAUUCAGAGUCAGAUCAAAGAGGAUUCGAGCAACUAUAGGGUGACCAAAGAUGGAACAAUAAUUAAGAGGCCACCUUUUCAACCUCAAAAUUUCCAGCUAAGGCCACCACAACAACCACCUCCACAAGCGGGUUCAUCAAGUACGUCAUUGGAGGCUAUUGUUAAAAGCCUUUCCACUAGCACUCAAAGCUUCCAACAAGAAACUAAGGCUAGAAUAAAAAGCUUGGAGCAACAAGUGUCACAACUUGAUCAAUCUGUGAGUAGAAUUGAAUCACAAGGCAAGCUACCAUCUCAAACCGAGAAGAACCCGAAUCAUAACGCAUGUGCCAUCACUUUGAGAAGUGGAAAAAUCUAUGAAGGAUCAAGAAAUCUAAAUGAGGAAGAGGAAGAAAUGGAGAUUGAAGUGGAUGAAGUUGUCAAAGAUAAUGAAAAGAGUGAUACUUCCAAGCCAAAGAAGCCAAUAGACACCGAGGUGAAAGUCACUCUAGCACCAUUUCCUUCAAGGUUAACAAGCACAAAAAGAGAACGAGAAGAUGAUGAGAUCAUGGCAAUGUUCCGGAAGGUUGAAAUCAAUAUCCCUCUUUUAGGUGCUAUUUCACAAAUUCCUAGAUAUGCUAAGCUCCUUAAGGAACUUUACACAUCUAAGAAAAAGCUCAAAGGAAAUCCAACGAUAAAAGUAGCAGAGAAUGUGUCCGCCGUGUUACAAAAACGGCUACCAAAGAAAUGCAAGGAUCCGGGUGUAUUCACAGUUCCUUGUAAAAUGGGUAACCUUUUUGUGCCACGUGCCAUGCUUGAUCUUGGAGCAUCAAUUAAUGUAUUACCUUAUUCAAGCUAUAAAACAAUGGGAGUUGGACCUUUGACAAAAACCGGAGUCAUAAUUCAACUUGCCGAUCGGUUUUUAGUAUACCCAAAAGGUGUAUUGGAGGACGUAUUAGUGCAAGUCAGUGAACUUGUGUGUCCUGCCGAUUUUUAUGUGCUUGAUAUGGGAGAUGAUGAUCAAACCUCGAGUUCCAUACUUUUAGGUAAACCAUUUUUAAAAACAGCAAAAACAAAAAUUGAUGUCUACAAUGGUACAUUAUCUAUGGAAUUUGAUGGGGAGGUCAUCAACUUCAAUAUCUAUGAAGCAAUGUGGUAUCCAAGUGAUGUUCAUUUCAAAGAGAUUGCAGAAAAUUUCAAGCUUGAUGAGGAGUUGCUAGAAAUUGAUCAAGCUUGA